AUGGGUUUUAAUUUUCUUGUCUCUCCCAUCCCAAUUCAACUAGCUAAUCUCACAUCACUUUCCUCACUUGAUCUCACUAACUCCCAUCUCCAUGGUCCCAUCACAUACUUCCCACAAUUACAAGAACUCUAUGUCGAUGACAACCCCGAUGUCUCAGUCAAUCUCAGUUCUAUUUUUUCUCUCCCAAGGCAACAAUUACGAACACUUUCAAUUCGAUACACCAAUGUCAUCGGGUUGAUCCCACCUUCAAUUUCAAAUGCCUCUUUGUUGGUCUCUCUCGCCAUAUCAGGCUGUUCCAUUGAAGGGACCAUUCCAACUUCCAUAACAAAUCUUUCUAAUUUACACUAUCUAGACAUUUCUUUCAAUAGUCUAACGGGUUACCUUCCAUCUUCGUUGUCUAGCCUUAAAAACUUGGAAGUCCUACUCACAUCUGAAAACUUGUUAACAGGACCGAUCCCGGAUUCCAUAUGUGAAAUUGCAGCCCUUCAAAAUCUUCAUUUGGGAAGGAAUGGUUUCAAUGGAAGGCUACCCAAUUGCAUCCAUCAGCUUACAGAACUCAAAUCCUUUCACAUUGGAAACAAUUUCAUUGAAGGCACUGUCUCUUCAUUGUUCUCAUUGUUCAGAAAUUCCUCCCCCUUUACGAUUGACCUCAGCUCGAAUGUGGUAACUGUAGAAACAGAUCAAAGCCUAUUUCAAUCCAGCUUCCUGCUGGAGUAUCUAGGCUUGCGUUCAUGCAAUCUGAGAGGGAAAAUUCCAGCUUUCAUUUCUAAUCUAUCACAACUAGCAUUCCUAGAUCUAGCUAACAAUAGCCUAACUGGAACAAUCCCUUCUUGGUUAUCCCAACUCCCCAAACUCUCUUUCUUAGAUCUCUCAUACAACAACCUCCAAGGCGUUGUCCCUCCCUCCCUUCAACUACAUUUCAAUCUCCUACCCACAAUGUUAAACUUAGCAGGCAACAACCUUCAAGGCCCAAUUCCUCUACUGCCCAAGAACGUCGAGGUUCUCGAUCUGUCUCGUAACAAUUUCAGCGUUGAAAUCCCAACCCAAAUUGGGGAAAGACUAUCAGAUGCUAGAUAUAUUUCGUUUUCCAGAAAUAAACUCUCUGGUUCAAUUCCAAGCUCCCUUUGCCGAUCGAACAAUGUUCUUUUAAAGCACCUUGAUCUUUCCAAUAACAGCUUAUCAGGGAAUGUCCCUUUCAGUUUGGGAAACUGUAAAUCUCUCAUUUCUCUAAACCUUGCUUCAAACAACCUCUCUGGAAGCCUCCCAAUUGAACUUGCGUUUGCAGAAAAUCUCAGUUCUUUACAAGUAAAUGACAACCAUUUUAAUGGCCCAUUUCCAAAUUUCAUCCAACACCUCAAAAACUUGGAGAUUUUGAACUUGGGAAAUAACCAAUUUGAAGGAAAGAUCCCCUCCUUUAUCAGUGAGCUCCAGAAUCUUAGAAUCCUCGUGCUAAAAUCAAAUUCUUUCUAUGAUCUGGUCCCAACAGCGUUAACCCAUUUGCAAGAGCUCCAAUUCAUGGAUUUUUCAAACAACCAACUCACAGGUGCGAUCCCGAAAAACUUAGGUGGGCUCAAAACAUUAACUCACCAACCCAAAGAUGGAUUCUUGCUUGGUUACAUGAUUGUGCUUGUGUAUGCGGGCAUUGAAUUGCAGAUGAUGAGCAAGGGGAUGGAGCAUGAGCUUGACUCAGUCUUUUCAUACCACACUGGAAUCGAUCUCUCAAGUAAUUAUUUGGAGGGGAAGAUCCCGAGCGAGAUUGGUCUUCUACAGGGGCUCUACAUGCUCAAUCUAUCACACAACAGGUUUUCUGGUGAAAUCCCCAUGAGUUUCGGCAACAUGAGAGAGUUGGAGUCAUUGGAUCUCAGUUUCAACCAUUUGGUUGGAGCGAUCCCAGGGACACUGACUUCAUUGGACUUUCUUGGGUAUUUGAAUCUUUCUUAUAACAAUUUAAGUGGAGAGGUUCCAGUAGGAUUGCACUUUGAUACAUUGAGUGGAGAUGGGUAUACUUACAUUGGAAAUGCUUUGUUGUGUGGGCCUUCUGUUCAAAGAAGUUGUGAGAUUGGAACCAGUGGUGGUGAUUUUGAAGAGGAGGAAGAAGGUGAGGAUGGGAGAAACAAGUGGUUGUUUUAUGGGAUUGUAGCCUUGGGUUAUGUACUUGGAUUUUGGGUGUCUUUUGGGUUCUUGGCCAUGAGGAGAUAG